GUGAUCCAUCACGGCUUGAAUUAUUUUCUUGCUGCUGUACGAAUUAAGUUUCUUAUUAUUUCUUAGUGAAUCAUUUUUGAUUAUUUGAAGUGCUGUUAAUGUUUACACCUGCAACUCUGUCAUUAAGUUCACGAUCAAACUUGUAUCGUAUGAAUAUACAAUUUUAAUAAUUGAUAUUUUUAUAUUUUCACGUCCGAAGCAAUUAAGAUGCCAGUAUUUCAUACAAAAACUAUAGAAAGCAUCCUUGAACCUGUCGCACAGCAGGUUUCAAGGCUUGUUAUUUUACAUGAAGAAGCUGAAGAUGGAAAUGCAAUGCCAGAUUUGGGUAGACCUGUGCAAGCAGUUAGCAUGGCGGUAGCAAAUCUUGUAAAGGUUGGCAAAGAAACAAUAAAUUCUUCUGAUGAUGCCUUACUUAAACAAGAUAUGCCUGCUGCUUUACAACGUGUAGAAGGAGCUUCGCGUCUUCUAGAAGAAGCAUCUGCAAUGCUAAAGCAGGAUCCUUAUUCUGGACCAGCUAGGAAAAAACUAAUUGAAGGUUCACGUGGUAUUCUUCAAGGCACUAGUUCAUUAUUAUUGUGCUUUGAUGAAAGUGAAGUACGUAAAAUCAUCAGGGAAUGUAAGAGAGUAUUAGAUUAUUUGGCAGUAGCAGAAGUUAUUGAAACAAUGGAAGAUCUAGUUCAUUUUCUUAAAAAUUUAAGUCCUUGUCUCAGUAAAGUAUCAAAAGAAGUAAGUGCUAGAGAAAAAGAACUAACUCAUCAGGUGCAUAGAGAAAUUCUUGUGCGUUGUUUGGAGCAAGUAAAAACACUUGCACCAAUUCUUAUCUGCUCCAUGAAAAUUUUUAUUCAUAUUAUCUCUCAAGGAGGUAAAGGAGCAGAAGAGGCAGCUGAAAAUCGUAAUUACUUAUCUGGCAGAAUGUCAGACGAAUUAAAUGAAAUUAUUAGAGUGUUGCAAUUGACAACAUAUGAUGAAGAGGAGUGGGAUGCAGAUCAGUUAACAGUAUUAAAAAAAGCACAGAGUGCUAUAGAAUCUAGAAUACGUGCUGCUUAUGAUUGGUUAGAUGAUGGACUUGCAUUACGUGGUGGAGUAGGAGAAAAAAGCCUUCGUCAAAUAGUUGAACAAGCACAAAGAUUGGCAGAGAGAUAUCUUCCCCCCUCACAAGCAGAACCAUUACAGAAAUUAACAUCACAGAUUGUCACUAUGACCAAUGCUCUUUGUGAACUAAGACAGAAUGAGAAAGGAACUACACCUCAAGCAGAAGCUUUAGCACGUGGCAUAAAAGAAAAAACGAACGAACUUCGUAGCGCUAUCGCGUCUGCCAUAGUAGCUGCGGAUAAAUCUGGAACCACGCAAACUGCUCAUACAGUUGCUGGCCGUUUAGAACAAGCUAAUAAGUGGCUACUUAAUCCACAACACGACGACAAAGGACUUGGUCAAAGGGCUAUAGCGUUGAUUAUUCAUGAAGGAAAAAAGGUUGCUGAGGGUUUACCAGGCAUACACAAAGCAGAAAUUUUGCAAUUGUGCGAUGAAGUUGACAAUCUAUCUCACCAACUGGGAGACUUAUGUGCCCAUGGUCAAGGAAACACUCCUCGUGCUCAGGAGAUUGCUCGCCAACUAUCACAUAAACUUUAUGAGCUGAAGAAUAGGAUACAACAAGCCGUCGUGUCAAGAGUGGUUGAAGACUUCAUUGAUAUCACAACACCUUUGAAGCAGUUUACAGAUGCUGUAUUAGCUCCACAGGGUACACCAGGCCGUGAUCAAAAUUUCAACGAUAAAACGCAUGCUCUUCAGACAUUCUCGAAUAGAGCAGCAAAGACGGCUAGAAUGGUCGCUGCUGGUGGAAGCGGAGGAAAUAAAAAAUUGGCAGAAGCACUGACUGCUAGUGCAUCCCAGGUUGAAUCUUUAACACCACAAUUAAUUAAUGCUGGGCGAAUUCGAAUGACUUAUGCAGAUAGCAAAGCAGCGGAUGAACAUUUCGAAAAUUUGCGACAACAGUAUGCGGAAACAAUGCAAAGAGCACGAACAUUGUGCGAUGAAGCAACCGAUAGCGGUGAUUUUAUUCGAACCUCCGAAGAACAAAUGCAAAAACAUUCAUUUCUGUGUGAAGAGGCUAUUGCAAAAAGUCAUCCGCAAAAGAUGGUCGAUAAUACAGCUGCUAUUGCUAGAUUGGCUAACAGAGUAAUACUUGUUGCGAAACAGGAAAGUGAUAAUAGUGAAGAUCCUACAUUUAUUCAGAGAGUAAAUCAGGCUACAGAUAUACUUCAAAAUAGUGUUGCUCCAAUGGUUCAAGAUGCUAAGUUAGUUGCAAUUAACAUUAACGAUAGUAACGCAGUUUCUCGUUGGAGGGAAAGUAAUCGAGCGCUAUUAGCAAAUGUCGGUCAAGUUCGUAAGGCCAUCAUUGUUCAACCAGAUUUAAUACCUCCGCCAGAGGUGUCGCAGUUACAUCUUAAUGAUGAGGAACAAUUGCCAAGCCGUCAAUAUAAUUACUUCACAGAUAAAGUUGGUGAGCCUUUAAGAAAUCAACCAUCGCCAAGCAAUUUACGUGUCAUGAGCCCUAGUCUGAACACAAAUAAAUCACAACAACGUUCUAUCAGUCCAUUACCUAAAUGGGCGCGUGAAGGUAUUUACUAUUACUUGACAAGAAAUCAAUUAAAUUAUGUUUUUAACUUACUCCUUUGCUUCAAUGAGAUUUCUUAUAUAUUGUCUCAAAGUAAGAAUAUAAAUAUCCAAGGCAUUAUUUUUUUAUAUUUAUGUAUAAAAAUAAUUUUUUUUUUAUCAGGAGAUAACCCUGAUCUCCUAUAUCAAGAACUGGCUUCUGAUAACGAGUUAGAAAAAUCAAUUCACAAUGGAGAAGUUGCGCCGCCGCGCCCACCCCUGCCUGGUGGAGAUGUUCCACCACCACGUCCACCACCACCAGAAACGGAUGACGAGGAUGAAAUGUUUAUGCAUGCACCGCAACCUAAUCAGCCUAUAAUGAUGGCUGCCCAUGGAUUGCAUCAAGAAGUCCGACAAUGGUCCAGCAAAGAUAAUGAAAUUAUUGCUGCUGCAAAGAAAAUGGCUAUUUUAAUGGGUAGAUUAUCGGGCUUGGUUCGAGGAGAAGGUGGUAACAAAAGGGAUCUGAUCGCUUGUGCCAAAGCCAUUGCAGAAGCUUCUCAAGAAGUGACUCGCUUGGCUAAAGAGCUUGCUAGGGAGUGUACAGACAAACGUAUACGUACAAAUCUUCUUCAAGUUUGCGAACGUAUACCUACCAUAGGUACACAAUUAAAGAUUUUAUCAACUGUUAAAGCAACAAUGUUAGGUGCCCAAGGUACAGAAGAAGAUCAAGAAGCAACAGACAUGCUUGUUGGAAAUGCUCAAAACCUCAUGCAGAGUGUGAAAGAAACAGUUCGUGCCGCAGAAUGUGCAAGCAUCAAAAUACGUACUGCGUCUGGCAUGAAGUUACGCUGGGUGCGACGUCAACCUUGGUAUCAAUACUAAAUGAGAGGUCGCAGUAAGAAAAGUGAUCUAGAACAGAUAAGUAAGACUUCCUAAUAUUAGAUUACAUUUAGAUUAAUUGGUUCUAUAUACAGUGAAGUCUCGAAAUAUGAUCUUUUUUAUAUAUGGCCCAUUGAGCGAAUUUUCCUUUAAACAAACUUCCAUCCACUAUAAUGAUGAUCUCUCAUUAUUACGAGUAAUGAUAUUUCACUGUAAUACCUUUCAAGAAAGUGUUCUAAUGAGGGACAACAAUCAAGUAUUUAAAAUUGAUUUAAUAUUUCAUAAAUUAUGUGUGAAAAAUUUGAGAAAUGUUUUUCAGUCUAAACAAUAUUUAUUCAGUUUGUUAUAAAUUAACCCUUUGUUGAGUUAAUUAACAACCGAUAAAUUCUUUCCUAUAUUAAUGAAAAAUCACAUAAUAUUGCUAAUUCUUAACAUUUCUAAUUUUGUUUACCUGUAUGUGUAGAAACAAGUAAAUCCAUUUUAAAUAUCUGAAUUGUAUUCUUAUAACUAUUUAAUAAGGAUAAAAGUAAUUAUAUGAUAAUUUAUACUUGCAUAUACUCUGACAAACUAUAUGUUCAUUAUAUAUAAAAUAUAGUUUAUAACGUAAAAAAAAGAGCUAGUGACUAAUAUUAGAGAUAUUUUACACAAGAUGAGAGACAUAUCUCAAUUGGUAAAUUAUAAUUCAAAAAUAUUUUUAGAUGAAAUAUUCAAGGGAAUACUUAAAUAAGACUAUUUAAAGCCACUGUCUCUCAUGAUUCGAUUAAAAAUAGAAAUUAAAUAGAGAUGACAAAGCUUAUGCCUUAUACAAAUUACCAAUUUGCUAUAUAUAUUUUUAUGUGUAUUUGCAAUAAAGUGUACUUUACAGGUACAGUAUAUUGACCUAAAAUCGGCACAAUAGAACAAAUUUUUAUCUACAUUUAUUAAAAUGUCAUACGGAUCCAGGAUAGUAUAAUGUAUUUUUUCAAACUAAAAAUUAGAGUAUAAUUUUUUAAUAGGUGCUAUUUGCCGCAAAAUACACGUAGUAGACAUUAACAUGCAAUAUUAUAAUAAGUAAAUAUAUUUUUGUAUUUCUUACCUAAUAAUCCUUUUUAGAGAACAUAUAUAGUUGUUUUAGGUAUUCUCAAUGUUUUCAAACUGGUGCUAAAUGUAUGUGCAAUAUUGAUAAAAGAUACUGGAAAAUAACAUAAGUAUAAGCAAUGUUAAACCAAAUACCCGAAAUCAAUUUAAUAUGUCCUCAAGAAAUUUAGGUUAAAUAUUAAUGUAAACAGUAAUCUCUUUCAGUAAUAUAAUCUAAGAUAAUUAUGUAAAACUAUUUAUAAUAAAUAUCAAUUUUUAUUAUAUA